AUGAGUUGGUGGGGAGUGAAGGGAGGUGGAUGGGGAAUGGUAGAAGAAGUUUGGAGAAAAGGUCCAUGGACCGCUGAAGAAGAUCGUCUCUUGAUCGAAUACGUUCGCGUUCACGGUGAAGGUCGUUGGAACUCUGUUGCUAGACUCGCAGGAUUGAAGAGGAAUGGCAAAAGCUGCAGACUAAGGUGGGUGAAUUACCUUAGACCAGACCUCAAGAGAGGUCAGAUCACUCCUCACGAAGAAAGUAUAAUAAUUGAGCUACACGCUAAGUGGGGAAAUAGGUGGUCAACAAUUGCACGUAGUUUACCAGGAAGAACAGACAACGAGAUCAAGAACUAUUGGAGAACCCAUUUCAAGAAAAAGGCAAAGCCAACCACUAACAAUGUGGAGAAGACAAAGAGUCGUCUCCUAAAAAGGGAACAAUUCAAGCAACAGAGAGAAUUAGAGAUGCAACAAGAACAACAGUUGUUUCAGUUCGACCAACUCGAUAUGAAAAAGAUCAUCUCUUUACUCGAAGACAACAAUAGCACUAGCAGCAGCGAUUGCGGCAGCAAUGGCAAUGUGUUCUAUGCUCCUCAUCAAGUAACACAUUCAUCAAAACCCUUUGGCUAUAACCCUAAUUUGUUAGAGGAGCAGUUACAAGGGAGGCUUGCUCCGGUAAACAUACUUGACGCUAAUACUACGAAUGAAGAUAAUGCGAUAUGGGACGGGUUAUGGAACAUGGACAUUGUCGAUGGACAUGGUGGGAUGAGUGUUGUAGCUGCUACUUCUGCUUGUGGCCCAAGGAAGCCAUAUUUCCAUAACUUGGUGAUUCCAUUUUGUUAA